AUGGCCUGUCCCUUAUGCUCCUCCCUGCUCGUGCCUACCGAGCUGCGCCUGCGCGGGGCCAACCCUGCAUCCUCCCUGGAGCCAAUGCGCUGUCAGCCGUGGAGCACUGAGUCCGUGGGGCACAGACAUCUUUUAACCAAGUGCCUGCAUUGCUAUCAAUAGCUACUGGAGACCAAAGAGCUGGGGUGCCCUCUGGGGUCAGAUGUCUGCCGCACCCUGCACAUAAAGAACAGCAGCCGCUCUAACCUCACGGUGAGCAACUGCCACGGCAGGGAGCAGAUGAGCCAUUGCCAUGCCCGUGCCUCUCCGGUGUUUUUUGGCUUUUGGAUCUGCUGCUUCCUGGAUUUCUGUAACAAUCCGACAAACAGGAAGAAGACUAUCCCCAUCUGA